AAGAUGUCAGCAUAGAUAGAAACCUUGUUCCUGAAAAAAAGCCAGAUAUAUAUCAAUGCCAAUCCUGUGCCGGGAGGAAGGCAGUUGUCGACCAACUUGUCGCCGACAUCCUCCUACAUCCUCGGUCGCAUGAUGUCAGACACUAAAGGAAUCGUCGUCUUCUCUGGUGGAAGUGCUGCCAAUAGCCUGGUCGACGUAUUCGAGGCGGUGCGUGAAAACAAGAAGUGUCCCUUGAGUUAUAUCAUCCCAAUUAGCGACAAUGGAGGCUCGUCAUCCGAACUCAUCCGAGUCUUUGGUGGUCCUGGUAUUGGUGAUGUUAGAAGUCGGUUGGUCAGGCUGAUCCCAACAAAUCCUCCAUCGCCAGAAAAGUCGGCCAUAUCUGCGUUGUUCAACCAUCGUUUAUCAUCAACCUCGGGGGCUGAUGCCGCCGCCGAAUGGCAGCUCAUUGUCUCCGGUUCUUCAGACUUGUGGCGCGCCAUCCCCUCGGCCAAGAAGGAAUUGAUUAGAUCAUUCUUCAACCUUCUGAAUCUGGAGAUUCUCAAACGCGUACGGCCUUCAUCAACCUUUGACUUUACUUCGGCCAGUGUCGGCAAUCUGUUCCUGACUGGUGCACGACUCUUCAGCGGCAGUUUCGAGUCGGCCAUUUAUCUAUUGAGCAGUAUAUGUGGCAUAUCAGAUGGUGAAGUUCGAGUCAUUCCUAGUAUCAAUUCCAACUUCUCCCAUCACAUAGCUGCCGGACUUGCCAACGGGGAUGUCAUUGUUGGACAGAACAAUAUCUCCCAUCCUGCAGAAGCCACCGCCUUGGAAAUGCCCACUCUUCCUUCAGAAUCACUGCAUGGAAUCAGAACACGGGGUAGCGUCGAUCACACAGCGGACAUUGAAGAUGCCAACAUCCCAGGCACUUUGCCCAGUCUUCGCCAACGGAAUAUCAAGUUCACCAAAGACCAAGACGAGGACCUGCCAGCUCGUAUUGACCGGGUGUGGUAUAUCAAUCCAUAUGGACAAGAGAUGCUGCCUCCCGCGAACCCAAGAGUUCUGUCCGCCAUCAAACACUCACAGGCUGUCAUAUUCUCUAUUGGAUCUCUGUUCACUUCAAUCAUCCCAUCGAUCGUGUUGAAAGGCGUAGGGGAGGCUAUUCGCACCACACCGGCACGCCAUAAAAUCCUUAUCCUGAACGGCUCACUGGAUCGCGAGGUUGGACCAAGCUCCAGUCCAUUUUCAGCCUUUGAUUUCGUCGAAGCCAUCGCUCGGGCGGGUGAACAGUCCAGGGGAAAUUCCUGGCGGCCCGUGUUACAUGGUUCGCGAUCGGAUGAAACGAUCGGCAACUCAUACACUUCCCCUUCCACUAGCCGACACGGUAGCUCUCUCCAUCCAAACCCACAGGUUGCCAAUGAGGCCCAUCGCGCGAGCCGCGACUCGAUAUAUCGCCAAUAUGUCACACAUGUGAUUCACCUGACAGGAGAUGGGACCCCACAUGUUGAUCGUGACCGGUUGGCGUCUGUGGGCAUCGACUGCCUGAAAUUAUAUGGUCGCAAAAGUGCCAAGGGCAUUGUUUUCUAUGACCAUCAAGCCUUGGUAGGCGCCAUCGAAGCGAUUCUCGGAAAGAAAGGUGAUGCCAUGGUUCUGAGCAGAAGUCGACGAAAUACACUUGAUGGCUGAUCGUUCUCAUCCAGCACACGGCUUGGGUCCAGAUAAGGGUUUCGCGCUAGGAUUGCCGAGUGGUGAUCAGUGGCUCAAAAUUCGCCCUUUCGAUUGCGCUGCCAGGCGAUGAAUGGAAGCUUCCAUUCAGCACGCCGAAGACUGUCAUUAAAGAUGUCAAAGUCGACCUUUUGGAGUCGGUCCAGCCACAGCUGCGUGCUGACUGCCGGGCCCAUGACAAUGCCAAACGCCUUGUCUUUGUCCUCCUUUCUCUUCUCGGCGGGUGCGCUGUCAUGGCUGUCAUGCUUGCCAUAGUCAUGGCCUUCGUCAUGCAUAUGUUCAUAUUCAUGGCCCGGGUCCUUGAACUCUUGAACAUUCUUGAGCAUCGUCCUGGCAGUGAUCAGAUGGUCUGACGCCCGAGUCGCAACUGAGAAAACUGCAUCCCGCAGUCCUGCUGCAUUAGCUCCCUGGCGAAAGACAUCUUCCUCCUUCACACCACAUUGUGACAUGACAUCGAGUGGUAAGGUGACAACGCCUUGCUUUUCACGGGUCGCAGGCAGACCCAUUCCUGCAGGAUUGUUCGAAUGUAGAUUUGGUGGAGGUGGAAAUGCUAGCAGAGGAACUCCACGAAGCACAGCUGCAAUACCUGCCGCCUUGCCAAUGUGUGAUGCUAGAUGAUCCGUCGUCAAAGCUUCAAGGGGCAGAGCAGACAAAGUCAAGUAGAGCAGGGUUGAAUAUGUUGAUUCGGCAUAGGACUCAAGUUCCUCCAUGUUGGUGAACCCUGGAUGAGUCAACUUGCGAUCCCUGGCGGAAAUGAUACGUUGAAACCAGGUCUUGCUCAUUUUAUAGCCCUGGUCGAGGUAUGCCGCGAGGAGAAUUGCCACGGGCUCUAACGGCGGUGUGCCCUUGAAUGUCUUGUCGAUGGUGUCUCUCCAGAACUGCAUCCUCAUAGCGCCAAUCUGCGGCAUGGAUACAACAUCUGGGAUUCGCGCUAAUUCGAUGUUGAAUGCUCGAAUGGCAAAGUAUGCUGGCUGCAUAUGCGAGGGAAUGAAAUGAGCCAGGGUAUAAGAUGGCGAGUCAUAUGUACUGCAACAUCAUUAGAUCGUCUCUUGUGUCAAUAGAGAUAGAAUGUAGAUUCAUACCGGAC